AUGUUAGUGGAUUUAGUUUCAGGUGAGGUGGAACCAAAAUAUGUCAACCUGAUUUAUGUUUUACUGUCAAAUAUCAGUAUCGCCUCAACAAUCCACCGUCGUUUCAUUUUAAGGAUUCAACACAACUUCUUCAGACGGGACAAUUUAUCAAAUUGUCAUUUUUGGCUCCAGGGUGAACUCUUUAAACGCUGGACGGCUCUGUUUGUUGUUUGUGUGUCUCAGGUGUGUCAGACGUCAGGUAAGGUGCUGUUCAGCUCGUCUGCCGGGAUCCACAGAGUCAGUGAGCUGAAGGCUGCAGAGAGACUCUUCCUGCUGCUAAGGAGAGACUCACCUGUUCGUCUGUCUGCCCACAGCGGCCCAGCAAAAGCCGCCUCUGAGCUUCAGUCCAGAGUGUUGGGCGACAUCAGUCAGUGGACCGGUGCUGCAGCGACGUGGAGCCGCCUGCAGGGGGAGCUGUCGGGCAGAAGGGUGACCGACCACAUGCCAAGGAGGGAGGAGGGGAGAGGGAAUGAGGAGGGGAGGCAGGGAGAGACAGAGCAGAGAGAUGAGGAGUCGAGCAGAGGAACCUGUGGAGUCAACGCCCAGAGGAUGAAGAGAAAGAGGGAUGAAGAAGAAAAGGAGUCUAGUAGUGCAGAGGAAAGGAGGACAUCUGAGAAAAAGAGAGGAUCAGCUGGUGUCCAGGAAACAUCAGUUGGUGACCACGAUGAGGAGAGAAGCUGCAGGGAGAUGGAUGACAUGACGGAGGACAAAGUGGAACAUGUGAAGCCGACUGCAGGAAGACUGCAACCCAGCAGGACCGAACCAGACCCGUCUGCUCCAGACCGGCUCUCUUUCAGGGUCAGCUGCAAGUGUACUGGAUCUCUGUCCCGGUACUUCAGCUCACAGGAGGUGAGCAGAGUGAUCGGAGGAGGUCUGAGCAGACUGCUGGGCUGGAAGGCUGAUCUGAAGAACCCACAACUGGAGGUAAACGUUUCUCUGAGUGAUGACCACUUCCUGUUGGGCUUUCCUUUAACCAGGUUGCCUCUAGCUAACCGGAGCUACAUGAAGACCACAGGACUCAGGUCCACUGUAGCCUGGGCCAUGGCCUCACUGGCUCACAUACAGCCGGGCUCCUGUGUGGUCGACCCGAUGUGUGGAGUAGGAACCAUCUUAAUAGAAGCAGCUCAGGAGCACCAGGCCGCGUGUUUCCUGGGUUUGGACAUCGAUGACGGACAGCUGCAGAAGGCCAAUGACAACGUAGAGUUUGCAGAGCUGCCAAACAUACAGCUGCUGAAGGCUUCGUCCAUGAUGCUGCCUCUGCCCAGCACCAGUGUAGACGCUGUCGUCUGCGACCUUCCGUUUGGCAGGAAGUUUGGCACCAAAACAAACAUGGCUGCCAACCUGCCGCUCAUCCUCACAGAGAUGGAGAGAGUCCUCCGUAUCGGGGGCACCCUGGUUCUCCUUCUGAGUCCUCAGCUAUCUUGUCUCCUGAAGAACCUCCUGGCUCAGAAGGACUCUGGACCCCCACCUACCCAGGAAACAGAGCCUCAGUCUGGGCUGCAGCUCAGGCUGCCUCCCCCUCGGUGCUCCCUGAAGCACCAGGAGACUCUUAGAGUCAGCUUAGGUGCGAUAGAUGGACUAAUCCAUAAAUAUGUCAAGACGGACGCUUGAUCUGUGUGAACGUUACGUUUCAAAGUAAUCAGAUACUUCUCUUUGUUACUUGUCAUCAAAUAUAAGUAGGUGUGUUAAAGUGCCGUAAUUGUUGUUUCCUCGCUGCUUGGCCUGCUGCCACCGCGACCCGACCCCGGAUAAGCGGAGGAAAAUGGAUGGAUGAAAGAACUACUCUUUUAUUCGUCUGUUUGUUUCACUUCUGUUGUUCAAUUGCAAAUAAU